GGGCUCGAGUUCCGCGUCGUCGCGCAGAGCUGACUCUGGGAGGCGUUUGGGCCCAGAGAAGUGGAUCGGCCGCUUGCGCCGCAUGGAGUCCGAAUCCGAGAGCGGGGCGGCUGCUGACACCCCUCCAUUGGAGACCCUAAGCUUCCAUGGUGAUGAGGAGAUUAUCGAGGUGGUAGAACUGGAUCCUGGUCCGCCGGACCCAGCAGAUGAUCUGGCUCAAGAGAUGGAAGAUGUAGACUUUGAAGAAGAAGAAGAAGAGGAAGAGGGCAACGAGGAGGGCUGGGUUCUGGAACCCCAGGAAGGGGUGGUCGGCAGCAUGGAGGGCCCAGAUGAUAGUGAAGUCACCUUUGCCUUGCACUCAGCGUCUGUGUUUUGCGUGAGCCUGGACCCCAAGACCAACACCUUGGCGGUGACGGGGGGCGAAGACGACAAAGCUUUCGUGUGGAGGCUCAGCGAUGGGGAGCUGCUCUUCGAGUGCGCAGGCCAUAAAGACUCGGUUACUUGUGCUGGUUUCAGCCACGACUCUACUCUAGUGGCCACGGGGGACAUGAGUGGCCUCUUGAAAGUGUGGCAGGUGGACACCAAGGAAGAGGUCUGGUCCUUUGAAGCCGGCGAUCUGGAGUGGAUGGAAUGGCACCCUCGGGCGCCUGUGCUACUGGCGGGCACGGCUGAUGGCAACACCUGGAUGUGGAAGGUCCCAAACGGUGACUGCAAGACCUUCCAGGGCCCCAACUGCCCAGCUACCUGUGGCCGAGUCCUCCCUGAUGGGAAGAGAGCUGUGGUCGGCUAUGAAGAUGGCACCAUCAGGGUCUGGGACCUGAAGCAGGGAAGCCCAAUCCAUGUGUUAAAAGGAACUGAGGGUCACCAGGGCCCUCUGACCUGUGUCGCCACCAACCAGGACGGCAGCCUGAUCCUAACUGGCUCUGUGGACUGCCAGGCCAAGCUGGUCAGUGCCACCACAGGCAAGGUGGUGGGUGUUUUCAGACCUGAAACCGUGGCCUCCCAGCCCAGCGUGGGAGAAGGUGAGGAGAGCGAGUCCAAUUCCGUGGAGUCCUUGGGCUUCUGCAGCGUGAUGCCUCUGGCCGCUGUUGGCUACCUGGAUGGGACCUUGGCCAUCUAUGACUUGUCUACACAGACCCUCAGGCACCAGUGUCAGCACCAGUCGGGCAUCGUGCAACUGCUGUGGGAGGCGGGCACCGCCGUGGUUUACACUUGCAGCCUAGAUGGCAUCGUGCGCCUCUGGGACGCCCGGACCGGCCGCCUGCUUACUGACUACCGGGGCCACACGGCAGAGAUCCUGGACUUUGCCCUCAGCAAAGAUGCCUCCCUGGUGGUGACCACAUCGGGAGACCACAAAGCAAAAGUAUUUUGUGUCCAGAGACCUGACCGCUAGUGGCUGCCGCCUGUGCUCUGUGUCUGGCGUUGAGGGGUGAAGGGAGAAAGCCACCAGCAGAGGCGGUAGGGUACGAGGGAAGAGGAGGGGGGCCUCGGACUACUUUCCAACCCCUUCAAAGUGACUUGCCCCCCUGUCCCUUCUCUUAAGAGACCCACCCCUCGGCCCCCCACCCUUGCCCAGACCUGCGGACCCUUCAGAGGUGGGGGGUCAGGCCUCUUUCUCUUUCACUUUGAUUUGCUGGUGUGAGCCAUGGGGGUGUGUUUGGACGUGGGGAGUAGGUUUCUGAGGUCCCCGUUCUUUCCCUCCCCAGAUCUCUGGGGUUGGAAAGGAGGAAGAGAGAACUAGUUACAGAUUUUAAAAAUGUAAAUAAAAUAUACUUCCCAGAG